GGUUCGAUUUGAGAGAGAUGAAGGGAUCAUCUCAGGGAAACGACGUCGCUUUCAGAUUCGGGGCUGGUCUCCUUAAGCAAAUUCGAUUUGGGAGCGAUUUGAGAAGGAAGAGGAAGAAGAAGAUGGGGUACGUGUUGAGGGUGAGAAUGGCAUCUUUCUUCGCCGGAGCUGCGACUGCGUCUUUCAUAGGCCUCUAUGUUCUCUAUAAGGAUUACAAAGUCGCUAACGAAUCCAUUUCUCACCAGGCAAAGGCUUAUCAUGACUCUCUGGAUAGAAGGAUCUCUGCUCUUGAAAGUUUGAGACAAACUGAAGCUCCUCAGCUUCCCGAGACAACAACUGAUUAGUUUCUGUCUCCUACAUUGAUACUCUUUGCUUUGCUGAUGAUGGUGUUGAGUUGAGAUGCUUUUUUUUUUGCGUUUAUGAAUAACUUGGAAGUUCUUGUAUGACUACUGUUUAUCAAACAAUGAAGUUAAGGUGGUCUACAAUGGAUUUAAACUUGCUGUAAUACUUGCAAUGAAAAAUUGUGUUUUGAUCU